AUGUCCACCUUUGACUUUAUUGUCGUCGGGAGUGGCCCGUCCGGCUGCGCCCUCGCCGCCGGCCUCGCUAAUUCGACCGCAAAACCCCGCGUCCUCCUCCUCGAAGCAGGCGACAACAAGGAAAAUCGCAACCUUCGUGUCGACGGCCAGCGAUGGCUCACCUUCCAGGACCAGUCAAUGAACUGGGGAUUCAAGACUACUCCGCAGGCGGAUUGCAACAACCGUGAGAUCGACUACAGUCGCGGCCGGUGCAUGGGCGGGUCAAGCUCAAUCAAUUUCGGCGUUUACAGUAUCGGCGCACGCGACGAUUACCAGGAGUGGGCGAGAAUUGUUGGCGAUGAGACUUUCGCGUGGGGAGGUGUUCAGCAAAGGUUUAAGGGUCUGGAGACGUUCCAUGGGGAAAUCCCCGAGGGCAUAGAUAGAAAGUAUGUGGAUCCGAAGAUGGAGAAUCAUGGAAGUGAGGGCCCGUUGCAUGUGGGCUUUGCGCGGGAGUGGGAGCGAGAUUUAACAGACCUCUUGGAUGUCUUCGAGCAGGCUGGGUUUCCGUUGAACCCAGAUCAUAAUUCGGGGAAUCCGAUUGGAAUGUCGGUGCUGAUUAGCUCGGCGCAUAAGGGGUUGCGCUCAACAGCGGGUGAUCUGGUUAAAGAGAAGCUGGAUAAUUUGACUAUUGUUACUGGGGCCCCUGUGCAGCGUGUCCUCCUGGAGGGGAAAAAGGCUGUUGGCGUUGAGUCGAAUGGGAAUAAAUACUACGCCACAAAGGAAGUCGUCCUAUCCGCCGGCGCGCUAAAUGACCCCCGGAUUCUGAUGCACUCAGGCAUAGGCCCCGCCGCCCAACUCCAGCAAUACGAGAUCCCCGUCGUCCACGAUGUACCCGCCAUCGGCCAGGGGCUCCGCGACCAUUGCUUCGUGCCGAUGGUGAACACCCGCACAGAAACUAGCACGGACCGAAAGGCCUUUUAUGGUGACAAAUCCGCCAUGGACGCCGCGCAGAAGCAAUGGGAAGAAGACGGGACAGGCCCUUGGGCGAAAUUUGCCUGCGAGCUGGGCAUCGGCUGGUUUAAGCUGACCGAGCGGCUCACUUCCUCGCCAGAGUUCAAGGCGCUCCCAGCAGACGAACAGAAGUAUCUUCUACAAGAGACCGUGCCGCACUAUGAGGUUCUCACCCAUUUCCCCGUUCAUUGGGUCAUUCCGGAUUUCCCGAACGAGGCUUUGAACUACUCCUGUCUGCUCGUCUUCUUGUUCAACGCGCAGACUCGCGGAGAGGUCACAUUGCAAUCAUCAGAUCCUGACUCUCCGCUCUCUUUCAACCCCAAGUUCCUGGCCCACCCGUUCGACCGCCGACUCGCGAUCGAGGCCUUGCGCGACUCGUUCCGCGUCGCCAAGCACGAAUCCUACACAAAGGAUAACGUGGCAGAGCUCGCAAUGCCCAAAGGCGAAUCAGACGAGGAUCUGCUGGAGUACUGGCGGCAGAACAUCUCGUCCAGCUGGCACAUGACAGGGACGGUGAAGAUGGGCAGGAAAGGCGAUGUGGACGCGGUUGUGGAUCCGGAUUUCAGGGUGACAGGUAUUGAGAAUCUGCGUGUCGCUGAUAUGUCGGUUGUGCCGGUGUUGGUGAAUGCGCAUGUGCAGGCCGUUGCGUAUGUCACUGGUGCGAUUUGUGCGGAAAAGUUAGUGAGAGAGUAUAGCCUUGGUUAG